AUGGCAGAUAAUGUGCCAAUUGAUAUCAUUCGUUCCCACCAAGACGAUGUAGACCGAGAGAGCGCAAAACAGGAACAGAAGUUGCAUCCAAAGUCGGCACCACUUGACGUCGAUGAAGAUGAAAAAUAUAAGCGCGAUAUCGCCCCGGAUGGUGGCUAUGGCUGGGUCUGUGUCGCCUGUGUUUUCUGGAUAAAUGCGCAUACCUGGGGUAUCAAUAGCAGCUAUGGAGUCUUUCUGAGCUAUUACCUCUCAAACGACGUAUUCCCCAACACAUCUGCUCUAUCGUACGCCUUCACAGGCGGCUUGAGUAUCUCUUGUGCCCUUCUAGUGGCCCCAUUAGCCACCCACAUGAUCCACAAAUGGGGUGUACGACUUGUACUCAACCUGGGCGUCUUCUUCGAAACCCUCUCUUUAAUAGGGUCCUCAUUCGCAACGCAGAAAUGGCACAUCUUCCUUAGCCAAGGUGUCUGUUUCGGCUGGGGCAUGGGCUUCCUCUUCGUGGGUAGCGUCGGCAUCACCCCGCAAUGGUUUGACAAGCACCGCGGAGUAGCGAUGGGCAUUAAUGCCGCCGGAUCUGGUCUCGGCGGCCUGAUCUAUUCCCUCGCAGUGGGCGCUAUUAUCCCGCGCUACGGGUUGGGCUGGGCGUUCCGCAUUUUGGGUAUCAUUUCCUGCGUCGUGAACCUGGUCUGCUGUAACUUGCUCCGGGAUCGCAAUAAGGCCGUCGGCAGUAGAUUCACGGCUUUCCAUCUACCCCUCCUACGUCGCCCGGAGUUUCUGCUUUUCCUCGGAUGGGGUGUGUUCAGUAUGCUCGGCUAUGUGGCGCUGUUGUUCAGCGUUGCUAACUUCGCCCUCUCCGUUGGUCUCUCGUCGCACCAGGGGAGUAUUGUCUCAGCGCUGCUCAACCUCGGUCAAGGUCUCGGCCGUCCGUUUGUUGGCAUGUUCAGUGACCGGCUUGGCCGCAUUAAUAUCGCCACUCUCCUCACUUUCCUCUGCGGUUUAUUCUGUCUCGCCAUCUGGACUUCCGCUGAUAGUAUGGGUGUGGUAUGCUUCUUCGCUGUUUUGGUUGGCACUGUCGCAGGCACAUAUUGGGCUACUGUUUCCCCCGUUCUGGCGGAGAUUAUUGGUAUCCGAGACCUCCCUUCCGGCUUAAGCAUCACCUGGCUCACGCUUGUUGCGCCUUGCACUGUCUCAGAGGCUAUCGCCCUUCAGCUCCGCAGCCAUGAUAUUGGUGGCGAGACUUCAUAUCUCCGCGUUCAGUUAUUUACUGGAUUCAUGUAUUUUGGUGCUUCUUUAUGUUUGUGGGUCGUCCGUGGUUGGAAAGUUGGCGAGUUGGAGCGUGCUAAGGGACGCCGUGAUUCUGCCCAGCCAAGCCCGUUGACUGGAACUCAUGAUGGAAACGAGAAGCAAGACCAACCUACGACUAUUUCACCGGCCUUGCAGGCCACUGGAACGGAUGCUCCGUUAUGGGCCCCAGUCAGCUUGGUUCGCAGAAUGAUCACUUUGAAAAAGGUUUAA